CCCCCCCCAUGCCGUGCGCCGGCCAGCAACAUAUGCAAACCCUCUGCACCCGUUUCCCCCCCCUCUCUGUCUCUUCCCAAAUCGAGUCUCCCCCCUUCCCCCUACCCGCCUCUUCGCCCUACCUUCCGCCCCACCAUGAUCCGCCAGGCCCUGCACUUUAGCCUCCGCAGCAGAACCCCGCCCGGGGCGCUGCAUGCGACCGCCAGCGCUGCCUUCAAACUCGCCGCCGCCCCCCGGCGCCACCUGUCGACGGACCCCUGCGCGCCGCCUCCCCCGACGGCCGCCGAGAAUGCCGCCUACCGGGCCCCCUCCAAGGUGUUCCCCAACGCGGCGGCCACCCUGCAGGGCGUGCUGAAGGACGGCCAGACCGUCCUGAUGGGCGGCUUCGGCGUCAAUGCCAUCCCCGAGCACCUGAUUGAUGCGGUGCAGAAGACCGGCGUCAAGGACCUGGUGGUGGUGUCGAACAAUGCCGGCGUGGCGGACUUCGGCAUCGGCAAGCUGAUGCAGUCGCGCCAGCUCCGGCGCAUGAUCGCCAGCUACGUCGGCGAGAACAAGCUCUUCGAGGAGCUCUACAUGAAUGGCGAGCUGGAGGUGGAGCUCACGCCGCAGGGCACCCUGGCCGAGCGCCUGCGCGCCGCCGGCGCCGGCAUCCCGGCCUUCUACACCCCCACCGGAAAUGCGACCCUGCACCAGCGCGGGGGGAUCCCCAUCAAGUUCGCCGCCGGCGGGGGGGCCGUCGAGAUCGCCUCGGAGCCGCGCGAGGUCCGGACCUUCGGCAACCGGUCGUAUGUGCUGGAGCACUCGCUGCCCGGCGAUGUGGCCCUCAUCAAGGCCUGGAAGGCCGACACCCUGGGGAACUUGGUCUUCCGCGGGGUGACCGCCAACUUCAAUGGGCCCUGUGCCCGGGCGGCGCGCAUCUGCAUCGCCGAGGUGGAGGAGAUCGUGGAGCCCGGCCAGCUGGACCCGAAUGAGAUCCACGUGCCGGGGAUCUAUGUUCACCGGGUCUUCCGCGGGGACAACUUCAUCAAGCCCAUCGAGAAGCUGCGCUACCACACGGAGAAGGCCCCGGCCACCACGCCGGCGGAGAAGAUGCGCGAGCGCAUCGCCCGUCGCGCGGCCAAGGAGCUCCGCGAUGGCAUGUACGUCAACCUGGGCAUCGGCAUGCCGACGCGCGUGCCGAACUACGUGCCCGAGGGGGUCCAUGUGCUCCUGCAGUCGGAGAACGGCUGUCUGGGUCUGGGCCCCUACCCCCACCCCGGCGAGGAGGACCCGGACAUCAUCAACGCCGGCAAGGAGUCCGUCACGCUGAUCCCCGGCGCCAGCGCCUUCGAUUCGGCCGAGUCCUUCGGCAUGAUCCGCGCCGGCAAGCUGGACAUCACCAUCCUCGGUGGCAUGGAGGUCAGCCCGCGCGGUGACCUGGCCAAUUGGGUGGUCCCGGGCGCCAUGGUGAAGGGCAUGGGCGGGGCCAUGGACUUGGUGUCCUCCGGCAGCCGGGUGGUCGUGUGCAUGGAGCACACCACCCGCGCCGGCACGUCGAAGGUGGUGCCGGAGUGCACGCUGCCCAUCACCGGGGCCGGGGUCGUCAGCCGGCUGAUCACCGAGCUGGCUGUCUUCGACAUCGACCGCAAGCAGGGGGGCUUCAUCCUGCGCGAGCUGGCCCCCGGGGUGACCCUGGAGGAGGUCCGUGCCAAGACCGCCGCGCCCUUCCGCCUGCCGGAGGGGUGUUCCUCGGUGCCCCACUGGGAGGAGUGAGGCCGGCGCUGCCCGCACCCGGGCGGCCGGCCAGUCUGCCGGUCGUCUGUGUUGUUUUGCCUCCCCCCCCCCUCCCCGCCGGCGCCAUGCUCGGCGCCAUGCUCCGUCUCCCCCUUUUGUGGAUGUGCGCCGACGCACGCACGCACGCACACACACAUCCUUCAGAAAGACCGCACCGAAAUAAAAGCCAACUACAGUUC